AUGGUGGGAGGAACCAAUGCCAAAGAGAACGACAACAGCGCCGGCGCCUUCGCCAUCUCCGUCGUUCGCAACCCAAACUACAACCCCAACGGCCCCGCCCAGUACAUGCGCGCCCGCGCCAAGUACGGUUCCAGCGUCCCCGAGGGCAUUUCGAAGCUGGUGUCAAACAAGGGAGCAAGUAAGCAGAUCGGCGCUACCGAUGCCUUUAGCGUGAACAAUGACCGCGAAUAUCUGAGCCACGUCGGUUUCGGCACGCCUCUCCAGAACUUCUCCGUCGACAUGGACACUGGUUCGGCUGAUGUGUGGCUGUUCACGUCCGAGACAAAUCUAGUUGAUAUGCCGACCCACCCGUACUGGAACAUCUCGCAGUCUUCAACUGCGCAGAGGCUGAACGACAGCAGCUGGGUGAUCACAUACGGUGAGUCAAUCGAGGCUUUGGGCACGGCGUGGACCGACGUCGUCAAUGUCGGGGGAGUGACGGUGCCCAACGCCGUGGUCGAGUCGGCCACGUUCGCGUCCGAGUCGCUCCUCGAAGACGCGCAGCUGACGGGCAUCUUCGGGCUCGCUUUCGCGCUGCCGAGCCACGUGCGCCCGCAGCGCCCAACGGUUCUCUCGACUCUGCUGCCGCUGCUCGACCAGCCGCUGUUCUCGGUCGACCUGUGCUGGCACGCCGACGGCCGCUACCUGUUCGGCAGCAUCGACACGGCGGUGUACGCGGCCGAGGAUCAGCUGCACUACGUGCCCCUGUCGGACGACGCGCGCUUCUGGGAGUUUAUGUUCACCGGCUACCACGUCGCCGGCCAGGGGUACUGGUACCUUUCGCACUGGAAGGUCAUCGCCGACACGGGCACCACGUUUAUGCUGCUGUCUCCCGACGUCGUCAACCAGUAUUACUCGCAGGUCCCCGGCGCCGUUUUCACCACGGUCGACGAGCAGGGCGACGGGUACUGGAGCUACCCCUGCAACCUCCGCCUCAACAGCAACGUGACGUCAAACGAGCUGCCCGACUUCAGCAUCGGCUUCGACAACGACUGGUUCGCCACCAUCCCGGGCCGCUUCUUGAACUACUCGGUCCUGCCGCCAGAGGCGGAGCCAGAGUCGGAACGGCACUCGGCUGAGCCGUCCAGCUGCAUGGGCGCCCUGCAGAUCGUGCCAGCGGGCUCUGAGUUCGGCAUCCUCGGCGACGUCUUCCUCAAGGCCGUCUACGCCGUCUUCGACGUCGGCAACAAGCGCGUGGGCUUCGCCCGCAAGACGCUGUGA